GGAGCACUGGACGAUCGGCCUAAUUCAUCGCUGGAUUACGGCCGUGGGCAGAUCAAACAUGAUUACGGCCUCUCUUGAGGAUGUAUUAUGCGAUGCAGCUUGAUUCGGCUCAUCAGGGACUUAUUGCUUUUAUGUCCGUUGGGGAAACUUGACAUUUUUACGUUAUAUGGUCGUACCUAUCGCGAAUUGUUGUAUAAGAAGGAAAUAAGUAUCAUCAGCAGACGCCAAGAUGAAAAAUCUUACUCUACCCGUCUGUUACUACUUAUAGAUAUACCUCUAAGUAUGGCCGGUCUGCAACGUCACUUGCGCCGGACGGGAGGCAUCUGUCACAAGAUCAGUUUGUAGGUUAGAUCCGACUGAGCGUGGCAAGUGCCGACGACAUAAUGGAACACUCAUCACAAAAUGUAUGUUUACCACUACCAGUGACAGUCACUAGUCGAAUUACUACUUAUGAACAACGAGAGCAGUAUCUCCUCAAUUUCUUGAAAAAUGUGCUGCCUUCUUGCGACAUCAAGGGCAUUGAUGAUGAACUCAAAAAAUCGUUCACAUUCAACAAACACAAAAAUAAAGUUGCUAAAAAGAAGCCUCAAAAGUCACCAUUCUUAACAAUAAGGAAAAGUAUCCUUCUUGGACUGAACAAAUUUGGGAAAAAAAGUCUGCGCUAUGCAGAUAUGUUACCAUUAAAUUCCUUAUGGCUUGAAUAUAUGCACCACAUGCUCGGUAUAGAAGAUUUUACAAGUCUACCUACUAACUCAACAAAUCCUCAUUGGGAAAAUAUCAGUCAACGUUUGAUGAAAGCUGAUUACCAUGGAGCAAAAGUAACUAUAACACGCUCAAAGUGUCCGAGUACUGUUGGAAUCAAGGGACUCAUCAUACAAGAUACAAAAAACACUUUCAGACUUUUGAGUGAAGAUGACGUGAUACGAACAAUACCUAAAGUCUCCUGUGUUUUUCAUGUACAUUUAGACGAAAACGUACACAUUGAAGUUUUUGGAAAGGAAUUAUGUGUACGUCCAGCUGAACGUUCUGUCAAGAAGUUUAAAAAUCUUCAUAUACCCGAACUUUAGUGGAAAACUGUGUUGAUUUCAUGAAACAGGCUUCGAUUUUAUUUCACACUAUGUAUAUAGCAUUCGGCACAUCCAUUAUACAUUCAACAGCAAAAACAACAAAGCACAUUCCAUGUUCUUUAAACCCAUUUGCUUGCUCAGUCCAUUCAACGCACAUAUCCAAGUCAUUUCAAUUUUUUUUUCACAUUCUUUAUUUUUUUUUCCAUAUUACGUUAAUACGGUUCAUUAUUUUCAUACCAUUAUAUUAUGUAUACCUACUAAUUACAUGUUAUAUCAAUUACCAGUAUAAUAUAUAUAAUAACAUAAUCAUGUAUUUAUAAUAUAUAAUUAUUAAUCGUUUUGCUCCUUUUCUCUGCAUUAUUUUUAUCACUCGCUCUAUCGUUCUCUCGCUCGUUCGCUCUUUAUAUUGUUCUUUUAUUAUUUCCAACAUCCGACGCAAUAAUAAUUAUUAUUAUAAUAAUAAUAAUAAUUCAUAAUAUAUAUUCAAAUAAUCGUGAUAUCGAUACAACAACAACGGAUGGAGCGAACGAUUUUAAAACAGCAGGUGUUUCCUUCGCUCCAGGAGGGAAACUAAUACAUUUCAUUCGCGUAGUCCCGUGCCACUCAAUUUUUUCCUAUUUACUGAAUUUUUCUCAUUAUUCUCACUAUUAAAUUUCGAUGAAGGGAAUGUCUGAAAUUCGUAGUACGAUUACUCAUUUAUCUCAGUUACUUAGUCUUUGUCUUACUGGCUAGGUUUUUAUUAACUUUGUUAAGGUGCCAAAUAAACUCGACUUGCAUUAUAACAUGUAUAAAUUGUGUGGUAUGUAAUUAAUAUGAGCGUGGGUACUGAUGUGACAUUAUGAUUUAUUUUGAGAGUCCCAUUGCCUAGUUUGCGAUUCUAUAAUCCUCCAGGCUCAAAUCUAUUGGCAAAUAGUCGAUGUUCAUAUUUAAGGCAAAGAAAGGGGGCGACGAGGUUUACAUUGCACAGAUGUGCAAGGCCGGUCUUACAAAAACAUAGAUACAAGAUUUCUUUUCAAAAA